AAGUGUUUCAGAAAAAUUAGUUUUAUGUAUCUCUAUUGUUUUUAGAUUUUUCUUUUCAUUAUUUGGCAAUAAAUAGUAAUUCUAAUAUAAUUUACUAAUGCUAUGACAAUUGCUGAGGCUUUAAGCCUCUAUCAACAUGGUUCUAAACGCUGCUAUGCAAAUGUUAAGAGAGGCAGAUGAGCUGAAGCAGAAAAUUCUUAAAUUCAAGAGUGGGACAUCAAUGCUUCAGGAUCGAAGUCUGUGGGUUACACAACAACAAUUACAGAAGAUAUAUCAAAAACUAUUGGUAUUGGAUUUAGAUUAUGCCUUGGACAAGAAAGUGGAGCAAGAACUGUGGAAUGUGGGUUUCAAGCAGCAAAUCGAAGCCUUACAGGCCAUCUCCAAAGACAGAAAAAAUCCUCUCAGAAGUGAGGGCCAGGCUAUGUUGUCAUGGGUGCUCCAAGCUGCUACAGGAUUCUACCUCUGCCUACUUCAUCAGAUAUGCACCACAUUCAAACUAGACUUGCCAUUCAGACGCCGGGCGUCUCUUCUGGGGUGGGUAGAGGGAUGGGGUGCGGCCGAGGUGAUGCCCGCGGGGGAGGCGGGCGCGGCCGCGGGGGCGGUGGCGGUGGCGGGGGCGCGACUCCCGGCGCCGGCUGCCGCACGAUAUAUCUGCCAACACUGUUUAGUACACCUGGGGGACCUGGCGCGGUACAAGCAACAGUUGCGCGUUGCACAUACAUUCUACAGGCACGCGCUGGUGCUGUCGGCGCACAGUGGGCAGCCGUACAACCAGCUGGCGCUGGUUGCGUGGCGGCGCGGGCGGCGGCUGGCGGCGCUGUACUGGCACGUGCGGUCGCUGCUCGUGCGCGCGCCCUUCCCCCCCGCGCCCGCCAACCUCGCACGUACUCUUCACGCCGCCGCUGCGUCUACAGCAUCCUCCGCUUCCAGUCGCGAGCCGCGAGCGCUGCCAGUACUGGGCGGGGCGCGGGCGCGGUCUCCGCCGCCGAGUCCGGCGCCCGCCCCCGCUCGUCUCGACGCGCACUCAUACAUCUCGGAGCUUAUCCGUGCACUCCAUUUCAUACACACAAAUGAACACUUAGACACAGCAGCAACAAUAGUAAACACCCUGAAUUCCUCACUGACUGCUCUCAUUGCAACUGACAGCUUUGAAUCUAUGACUCUAAUCAAGAUGGCGUGCGUGGUGAUGUGGGCAGUUCACUCGACGACGGAAGGGCUGACGCUGUCUGCGAGCGCGCUGUCGGCGAGCGAGGCCGCCGCCGCAGCCCUGUCACACGCACUCGCCGCCGGAGCACUGCUCGGGCUGCUGCUGCCCUCACCCGCGCCCCUCGCGCCCCUGCGUGUGUGGCUGUGGUGGGUGGCGUCGCACCCGUCCGUGGUGUCGGAGCCGGCGUGGGUGCAGCGUCCGGCGCUGUGGCCGGCGGUGGCGCAGCUGCUCACGAGGCUCCACGCCGCGCCCCCGCCCGCUACACAACUCUACACGUAUGAGAGCGUACCCCUGCCGGAAGACGAAGAGCUGCUGGGCUUCCAGCCGCUGGAGGAGAUGUGGCGGGACCUGCGGUUCCCGAGCCACGCGGCCUGGGACUUCUACGGCGGCCGCCUGCCUGACCACGAGAAUGACCAGUCGCCGGCGGAAGUAAUGUCGGUGUGCUUGAGCAACGAGCCGGAACUGGAGCAGCGCGUGCGCGCGUACCGUAUUCUACAACUGGGCCGCCGCCUCGCCGACUGCCGACCCGAUCUCCUCACCUACACCGAAGACGAGGAGGGCAAGCUGUCGUUCAGCGCGGUGGCGGCGGACGGUGACCACCUGUGGCGCGCGCGCGCUGAACUGUGUGCGGCGGGGGGCGGGGGCGAGGGGGGCGCGGCGGCGGCGGGGGGCGGGGGCGAGGGGGGCGCGGCGGCCGAGCCCGACCACGACAGCGAGGACGAGCCGCCCCCGCCGCCGCCGCCCAUCAUCAUCUCAGAGGCCGACUUCCGUGAGAAAGUUCGUGAGAAACGCGUGGGUAUCCUUAAGCCGCAAGGUUCGCUGGAGCGUGCGAGAGAGGAACGGGCGUUGGCCUCCACACAAGACGAUCCGGAACCGGAUUUCAGCGAGGAGGGCAGCAAGAGUGAGGACAAGAAAGAAACGCGGAAGGCACGAGUCAAUAUUGCCAUGGCGGCCAUCAUGAGAAAACAGGAGGAGACUAACAAACAGGUGAAAUUCGUAACUCCACCUCCGACACCAGAAUCAACAACUGACUCAACAGAAGCAAAGGAUGACAAGCCUAAAGUGAUACAGCCUAAAGCCAUCAAAUCACUCGCCAAUCUACCAAUCGGCAGAAAAACGGGUGGCAUCCUCUCACUCAAAGAUAAAUCUGCUGGAUAUCCACAUCUUGUAAACACCGAUCCUGAGCCGGCCAAGAAGAACGACAAAGAAGAAAAGAAGGAUUCAAAGAGUAGUCAGCCUAGUCAAAGUUCUCAACAGAAGAGACAAGAGCCACCUUCUCCUAACUGGAGCUCAAAUCAACCACCACAGCUUUACAAUGAACCGCGAAUGAACUUCCAAAAGAAUUACGGUAUUAACACCACAGGUAUCAGCUACAACCCUAACUACCAAUCGAAUGUUAAUAAUCAAGGUAUAAGGUUGCCCGUCGUUAAUCCUAAAGAAAUAGACGUGAGGACCGCUGCAAUGCAGAAGCAGAACUCCCGUCAGGAACUAUUCCAAGAUGGACAGAAAUUCGGCAACCACAACUACCAGAUGUCGGGCGACAAGAAGAACUUUCUCAACGACCUACCGCCACGGUUUGCUAACCAGUACCGAUAUUGGCAGAAUGCUCAAGAGAAUCAGUUCAACGAGAACAAAUUUAGAGACGAAAACUUCAAACCAAAUUCGCUUUUUAAUAAUCAACAGCCCAAUAGUUGGAGCAACUUGCCAGGAGCCGAUUACCAACAGCAGACGUGGUGGAAACCGGAUAACCCGCCUCCGAAUUUCAAUACAAACUUCUCAACACCACCAUUGAAUAUGCAGCCUAACUUCUACUCUCCACAAUUAAGCUCCAACAUGUCGAGCCCUUACCAUAGCAUACCGUCUUUCAAUCCAUCUCAAAAUAUAGGACAAAAUAAGCCAGAUAAUUUAGUCAAUCCAAACUACCUUCAGUCUGCCGUGGGUCAACCCCAAGUACGGAAUCUUGUCCCAUCUGCAAACUUCAAUUCUCCAUUGAGUGGGUUUGGAUCAUACCCAGCAGUCAGCUACGAUUCCUCGAUGUAUCCCCAAUUUAAUAACAAACUUGCAUACCAACCAAUGAAUAAACCGCAGGCCUACCUGGGCAGUAAUGAGAUGGUUGAUAUGAACAUUGGAUUUGGAUCCAACAUAGCGGAUAGACAACAGAUGAACUUCAAUGAAUCGCUCAACAGUGAUAUUGGAGGGAUGAAAAAUUUGGAGCAAAUGGGGGGAACGUCAAGCUCAGUGGGCAGUGCGAAUACGGCGCCAGGGCCGGGGCCGGGGCCGGGUGUAGCGCUGGGCGCGGGGCCGGGCGCGCCCCCGGGGGCCGCCAGCACCUACUCGCUGUUCAGCGGCGCCCCCGGCGCCGGCUGGACCUCCGCGCAACGUCAUCCGCAGCAGUCGCUAUGGUCCGGCCCGGGGCCAUCGCCUCUCGAGAGACUCCUCGAACAGCAGAAGCAGAUGAAGCAGCCCCCCGCGCCGCAGUAAUCAACAACGCGACCAAAACUCGGAUAAUAACUUCCAAUAUAUUAUACACUGAAACACUAAUGCGCCUUUUGUAGCAUAUAAAAACAACUUUAAAUAUGCCGAUAUAGGCGGAAAGUAACGUUUUGAUAUGACAAUAUUCUUUAUACGUAUAAUUAUUAAAAAUCACGGGAUCUUACUAAGUUUUAUUUUUAUUGAGUUUUUGGGAACUCAAUAAAAAUCAAAUUCUCAUGAUUUCUACUAAUUACACGUAUAAAUAAUGACCGCGUCAAAUUUAAAACAGUAUAUGACAAUAUUCUUGUACAAAAUUUAAAAUAGCUUCGUUGAUAUUUAAUAGGAUCAUUAUGCUAGUGUUUGUGUUAUAAGCUGCAACUUUUUUAUACACAAUCGGAGGCUGUAUGACGUAGUUCCUUACAAUUCUUUUUUGACCCGUAAGAGUUUUGUAAUUACAGUGGACCCGCGGUAAUCCGGCCCCCCUUGUAAUCCGACAUGGUCUAUUAUUUAUUACUGAAUAUUUUUUUGACAAUAUAGUUCAGAGUGCAUAUACCUACAUACAUACAUAUAUAUAUAACAUAGAAUCUUAUCACUGGAUCUGUAAUUUGUCGGAUUACAAGAUACUCUUUACUAAAAAAUUCCGGACUAUAGGGGACCCUUAGGCAGCACUCUAUAAUCCGACAAAUUCGAUGGUCCGACACUGCCCUGCAAAACGUUUGUCGGAUAAUGGGGGGUCCAAUGUAUGUACGAAAAAGUAAAGAAAAACCAUUUAACACUUGUAAUCGUGACAGUUGUUGCUGCAACAUUCUAAUAAGUCAUAUAAAAUUACCUAAAGAUUUCAUUGGAAAUUGAAACUGUUUAUAUGCAGCAAAUUUAUUUAGUACAAAUAAAAUUAAUUUUUUAUAUAAAUGUGAUAUGUGACAAUUAUAUAAAACUAGCAAUUUGGCUAUAAAUGUUUGUUGCAGCUGUGUUUGUAAUAGAAAACAGCAAAUACUGAUUGAAUUAUUUACAUUUACAACAUGUAUUUUUUUAAAUAUUAAAUAUAGAUAUUAUUCUGAUACAUACUGUUAUGAUGAGCCCUUCCACACAAAAACCGAGUGUGAAAUUUGGAUAUUUAUAUGGGUAUUAUAAGAAUAGAUAAAUAUAUUUAUGGUUCAUACGAUGCCUUCAGCACAGGGGUUUAGUAGGAGAGAACUAAGGGUCGUGUUUUGUAUAAAUUAUGUAGCUUACAUUGCCUUUCGAGUCGUGAUAUUGCUAUGUCAUUGUAAACUUUUGUAUAAAUGUAAAGUUUGUUAUAUUAUUGUGGAUUAUAUCGUGAAAGGCCUCAUAAAGGCCUCGUUAGUCUCCAAUGAACAUGUUAUGUUGUUAAUUAUAAUUUUGUGCUAAAAUUAUGUGAAUGCAUAUAAAAUAUGCAUGUAGAAGUAUUGCAUGAUAUCACUAAAUCUUUUAAAGAAGACACUAGAAUUUGUUAGUUUUCGCUGUACGAUUAUAUCAAUGAAUUACGAAGUGAAAAGUACAUGAAUGUUUUUAUUUUGACUGUAUUUUUUUAUAAUUUGAUAACUUCAGA